GUUGCCAGGUGUGCGGAGCUCGUCUGGAGCUCGUUUGGCUUUGUGUCAUGACUGAAGAAGGCUACCUUUUUUGUUCUGUACUCGUCAACGUCCGAUAAAUAUCGAUGAUAAACAUAGCUGCCAAGAUCAUAAAGUGGUAACAACAAGACAUUCUGCCUCAAGCUCGUAUCACACCAUUGCCACUUGCUUGUGAUGUCACUUCCCUGUCACAGAGUGUGAUGGCUUGUGCCAGGAUGGUGAAGCAUCUCGGGCUGCCAUUGCUGCUCCUGCUGCUGGCAUUAGCUGCAGAAUGCAACAGCAUGUCUCCACCAGAAAAACCAGACAAACUUGGCUGCAGGUCCCCCGACAAGGAGACUUUUUUCUGCUGGUGGACCCCAGGCUCUGAUGGAGGGCUGCCCACUGUGCAUCACCUCUACUAUAAGACAGAAGGUCAGGAGAAUAUGCGUCAGUGUCCGGACUACCACAAAGCUGGAAGUAACUCCUGUUUCUUUAGCAAGACCUCUAUCUGGGUCGAGUACACUGUGAUUGUGGAGGCCUCCAAUGCCCUGGGGAAUACUUCUUCAGACCCCCUUACUUUUGACUUGAUGAACAUUGUGAAGCCCUUUGCACCUGAAAAUGUUACAGUGGUGGUCAACAUAGAGGACAGUCCACAUCUCACCAUCCAAUGGCAUACACCGUCUAACAUAGACACAAAGUCAGGAUGGGUCACUCUGAAGAAUCAACUGAGAGUCAAACCAGACAAGAGCAAAAUAUGGAAGAAUUACGCGUCAGAAACACAAACACAUUUCACCAUUUACAGCAUUGAUCUUGGGGUGGUGUACAUGGUUGAAGUGCGCUGUGCAAUAGACAAUAGCUGGAGUGAGUGGAGCAACACUACCUUUGUCAAAGUCCCUAACUUUUCUCGCAAGGACAAUUCCUUUUGGAUAAUGGUUUUCAGCCUCUGUCUAAUUCCAUUGCUUGUGGCAAUGAUUAUCUUGAUCCUGAAGAGAAAAACUGUGAAGAAGUAUAUUCUGCCCCCUGUCCCUAGUCCAAAGAUAAGAGGAGUUGAUGUUCAACUUCUCAAGAGCGGCCAAUCUGAAGAUGUCAUUAAUGCCAUGCUUCUCAACCAGAGAUUUCCUGUUAUGAUACCCUGGAAGGACCAGAAAGAGGAUUACCUGAUCGUGUCUGAUAAAGAAACCUCGUAUUUGCCGUUGGAGAAAAAGAAAAUAUUCAUUCUGCCACUUGCCAUGACAUUAGACUCAGAAGUCCAAUCUAAGGAGACAAGCGAAGUGGAUCACUUUCCAAAAGACAGCGAGUCUUCCUCAGAGGAGAGUUCAGAUAAGACAGAGUCGUCGCAGCUUCUUACUAAAUGCUCAAGUGCAAACGUUUUAAAUGAUGAGAAGGCAAAUCAGCUAAAAGGUGUCACUGAGAAGAUCUUCCAACCCUUUGGAAUCAGUGGUUACGUGGAUAUUCCGAGACAUGAGCACAUGCAGGAAGCAGACUACAGCAGAGUGAACGAGGUAAAUGGUGACAAUAUUUUAAUCAUGAAGAAAGAAAAUGUUCCCCAUACUCUGGACACACAGGGACAAGAAGGCAGUGUGCCUGACAACUACAGCAUGGUGAAAGAAGUGAAUAGUGACAACAUGGUUUUCCUGGAGAAACACAGUGAGUCAGUUAACGCUUCUUUUAAGGCUAAAGGCUACAUAGACUGGGUCAAUCAGAAGCCAAAAAAUCUUCAUAUGACUGGGCACAGUGAAAUGGGAGUGUGCCCACAACUAGUUGGUUGUGAAUAUGUAGAUACUGUCCCUCCACCAGCUGUAAUCUAAAACUUUUUAUCAUAUAAAAAUGCUAUUAUAAGGUGACAGCAGACAUUCAUCAUUACUUACUGUUGAAUCAAAGCUGUGAAUAGUCUAUAUUUUUGCUGUUCUCGUUGGAUGUACGGUUGGUACAGACAUUCGUAAAAACCAUAAAAUGUACCAUCUCUGGUCCAGAGUAGAAUUUUUUUUGAUAGCUAUGGGAUGGAUUGCUGUUAAAUGUGCCACAGACACUCAAGGCCUUGGGCUACUGAGUAUAAAUUAUACUCGCACCAACAGCAGGUAAAAGUUUGUCCUUUUUCAGCAGAACAGUUUGACAUGUGCUCAUUGGAUUUGCACAUUUUGUCCAGACAUCCAUGAGAAUGAUAGUGCUCUGUUUCAUCUCGAGUUAUCUGGGGGCUGACUUUUUUUGUUUUGAGUAACAUCCAGUGAAUGGAUUCUUGUGAAAUUUUCUGCAGAUAUUAAAAAUACACCAAUGCUUUGGUGAUGCCCGAGUUUUCAACCAGAUUUGGCUAUUUGGUUAUACUGUGGUUUACCAAUUAAUACCUGCAAAAGCCUCAGGUGUAAUUCGUGUUUAGUAGUAAUUAGUAUUGCCAAAGUUAUGCUGAACUAGAUCGAGACUAUACCAGCUAAACAUCAAAUCCCUGCUUUUAGUGUCUGAGUACAGCAUGACUGAAUUGCUUUUAAGUCAACUCUUAUAUUACAUUAGCCAUGUCAAGCUUUCAAAACAUUAUUAGUAGAAUGCUUAAUUUGUGGUAUAGCUAAGUAAAGUAACCCACGUUUAAUCAUUUAAGGCUUGUUGGCAAAGAGACGGUUGCUUGAUGGCUUUACAGUUACUGUUUUCCUUUUUUGUUUUUGUUUUUUUUUGUUUGCCUCUGGCAGGUAAAUUGUGGUCUGUUUCAUGAUCAAGAAUGUACACAAAAAAGAGCAUAUCCAGGUUUCUAAAGUCAUUACAACACAAUAUUACUGGCACAUUUGUAUUUAUUUUUUUAAAGUGGUGGCAUACUGUGCUGUAACUGACAAGCAAAUCUGCAUAUGAACCUGUGCCUAGUCUAAUCAAGUGAUUAUUUUACAAGAUAUGGUAUCAUUAAAAAAGCUUCAGACUUAAAGAAUAGAUUUUUGUGUUUUACUGAUGUAAAUUUAUAAUUAGAUUUUUAAAAUGCAUCUUGUAACAUAAUACAAGGACUUCCAGAUAGGUAAU